CUGGAAGCAAGCCGUCGUUCUCCUUUUAAGCAAAUCAGGAAAACAAAGAAUCGAAUUCCCCCCUUUGUAAUCCUGGUAGAAACAAAUUAGGGUUCUUCUUGCAGAUUUUCAUUAAAAAAAAAAGGAAAGAACUAUUCUCCAAAAAUGCAUCAGCACCAAAUUGUACAAUCGCCGGCCAGAUUAGGCCUAACAAACCCAACUUCUCCUUCUCUCCCAGUCCAAACCCCAAAUCCUCCUCCUCCCAAAUUUCCCAACCCUCAACCCCCGCAGCACCACCACCCGUCCACCACCACCACCACCACCUCCUCAGCUCUCCUCUCUCUCCUCCCACCUCUCCCCAGAGCCCAAUCUCUUCUCCUCCAAAUGGCUUCUUUAGCCACCAAACUCUUCGAACUCUCCCCUAACCGUCCCCACUGGCUUUCCGUCUAUCGCGGAACACUCCCAACUUUUCUUCCGUCACAAUCCCAAUCACUGGACGAACCCACUCCUACUUCUACCAAAGAAAUUAUCUCCCUCUUUACUUCCCUUCAAACCCAACUCUUUGAAUCCGUCGCCGAACUUCAGGAAAUCCUUGAUCUCCAAGAUUCCAAGCAAAGGAUUUCCCAGGAAAUCAAAUCUAAAGACUCUGCGCUUCUUAAUUUUGCUAAUAAAUUGAAAGAAGCUGAGAGAGUUCUUGAUAUUUUAGUUGAUGAUUAUGCUGAUUAUCGCCGCCGCCGCCCUAUCCCUCCUAAUGAAGAAGAAGAAAAUGCUACUAACACCACUACUGUUGCUACUCAUUUGAAGUUAUCUGAUAUUUUGUCAUAUGCACAUCGUAUUAGUUAUACUACAUUUGCUCCGCCGGAAUUUGGUGCUGGACAGGCACCGUUGCGUGGGGCGCUACCUCCUGCUCCUCAGGAAGAGCAAAUGAGAGCUUCCCAGUUGUAUAAUUUUGCUCAUCUUGAUGUUGGGUUGCCUAAAGAUGUUGAAACUAAGGAGAAGACAAUUGAGGCAAUUAUUGAGCCACAACACGAAGCUAAUCCGCUUGAGAAUUUGGCAGGCCUGUUUCCUCCUAAUAUUUCUGUUCCGGCAGGGUGGAAGCCUGGGAUGCCUGUGGUUUUGCCAACAGAUUUACCAGUGCCGCCACCUGGAUGGAAGCCUGGGGAUCCAGUGUCAUUGGACUCUAUUCCAUUGCCUAGAGCUGUGGAACAGAAGUUGCCACCUAUUGCUCCUCAAGGAUUGCAUAAGCCACCAGAGACUAUACAGGUUCGGCACGUGGAGCUGGAUAUUCCGGAUCAGGAUGAUGAUAGUAGUGAUUAUAGUAGUGAUGUGGAAAGCUCUGAUGAUGAGGAUUGAGAGAGUGAUGGUCCAGAAUAAUAGAUUGUUCUGAUCAAGGGUAUUUUGGUGGUGUUUCACUGUUUCUGUUUCCUCAGCUUUUGUUCAGCAUAUUGGAUAACUGGAGCUCUAUUUUGCUUGUGCCUUUUUUUACGGACAUCUUAUAUUCUUAUCUUAACAAAGGGAAAAAAGAAAAGGAACAUGACUUCUGUCUCAAAUCCAUGCAAGUUUGUGAGUGGGAUGAUAUGCUCGUAUUCAUAAUCUGAUAUGCAAUUGUCUAUGAUACCCAUCAUCAACGAUCCAUUUCUGUUGCUGGUCCGGAGUCGAAGGAGUGGUCCAAAACUAUGUUAGAGUAUAUAACUGAUGACCAUAUUGCACUCUAUUGGUGGAUCAAUUCCUGAUAGUUGCUUCAAGGGAAUGGAAGUGGUUCUACUUUUUUGACUUUCUGAAUUGUAAAAUUGCUAUGUGUUCCUUUAUUCUUUUGGAUGGGAAAAUUGCAACUUAUUCUUCUAACUCUAAUGAGUACUGGCUGGAUGUUUGAUGAA